UAGAGAACUAUUCCCCAAAUCCACCCAAUUCCUAUCUCUCAAUCCCGCCGGAAACUUCCAAAACCCCGCCGGCGACGUCGUUUUCACGGCGGAAUCGCACAAAUUCCCGAUCACUACUUCCACUAAUCGCGAAUCGACCCCUCAAAAACGCACUAAUUCAACGAAAAGCGACAGAUGUGGCAUCGAUCCGCGUCAUUCAUCAUCGACAAGCAGGAGCAGCAGCGGAGCGACGCCGCCGAGAGCCGACCGAUCUCCCCCGCUCCCACCGCCAUGGCGGAAAUCCCCAGCGCUAACGUCUCGAUGUACUACCAGACGCGCGCGGAGCACCACGGCGUCGUGACGAGCGACUGGCUGGCUCAGGCGCAGGCCGCCGUCGCCGGAAAUUCGGACGGCGACGCAGCGGAGAGCAACGCUUCCGGCAUCGAGGAGAUGGGCAAGAGGUUCUCGGUGGUGGAUGAGUUUAACAAUUGGCGGAAACAGCCGGAUUUGGCGGAGGCUGUGGCGGCGAUUAGGGCUUUAGCUUCGGCGAUUCGGUCCAGCCAAGCUAAGACGAUGAUGGAGCUUGAAAUUGAGCUCAAAAAGGCAUCCGAUUCUCUUAAAUCGUGGGACACUACUUCAAUCUCCUUAACGGCUGGUUGUGACCUUUUCAUGCGUUAUGUGACUAGAACUUCAGCUUUAGAUCGUGAAGACUUCGGUUCAGCCAAGUCCCGACUACUUGAGCGUGCUGAGAAGUUUGGCGAGAUAUCAUAUAAGGCGCGGAGGAUAAUAGCUAUGCUCAGUCAAGAUUUUAUAUUUGAUGGCUGCACCAUUUUGGUCCAUGGCUUCUCCAGGGUUGUGCUCGAAGCUUUGAGAACAGCAGUUGAGAAUAAAAAAGUGUUUCGAGUUCUCUGCACAGAGGGAAGGCCCGACAGGUCAGGGUUACGUGUAUCCAACGAGCUCGCCAAACUGGAUGUUCCCGUUAAGCUCUUAAUCGACUCUGCUGUGGCAUACAGCAUGGACGAAGUGGACAUGGUGCUUGUCGGAGCAGAUGGCGUUGUUGAAAGUGGAGGCAUUAUAAACAUGAUGGGAACCUACCAAAUCGCAUUGGUUGCCAAAGCCAUGAACAAGCCAAUGUACGUUGCUGCUGAAAGUUACAAGUUUGCGCGCCUUUACCCGUUGGAUCAGAAAGACAUGGUGCCAGCCCUACGCCCAAUUGAAUUUGGAGUACCGAUCCCAUCAAAGGUGGAGGUUGAAACAUCCGCUCGCGACUACACGCCCCCACAGUAUCUUACCCUGCUAUUUACUGAUCUUGGGGUCCUAUCACCGUCUGUUGUAAGCGACGAGCUCAUCCAACUUUACCUAUAGACUAAUCGCGCAAUUCGCUUCGCCACUACAUCAUUUUUCUAUCAGUUCUUCAAGAUUGUAGAUUACCAUUGCUGAAUAUAGUCCUUGUCUUUGGAAUUAUUUGAUAUCUUGGUGGAAUAAACAGUGUGAAAUAUGAAUCC